UUUCUUUCCCGACCGCCGGACUUUGCACCGACUUCGCACCUCCUCUGCUUUGAGUUGUCUGCAUGCCAUAUUUCGCAACAGCAUCCGUCGAUAUCCUCUGAAUACCUUACUCCUGCCGAGUUCCUGCCAUCGACCAGCGAGACGAGACGAUCCAACUUUGCUCUGAUAUUAUACAAACACCAUCUACGGUCCCCUCACCGUCUCGCGUGCUCCCCACCACCAAACUUAGCUCGGCCCUCUCCAAGUUUGCGACGACAUUUACGAGCGCCUCUCUUUGUCGCUUCCCUCGACCGUUCGCGACCACGCCGACCUGUCGUCCAAAGUGGCCGGUCAUCGCCAGAAACAUACCCCUUUGUCGGCGCGGCUCCAGCAAGCCAGCUCGUCGCGCCGAUGUGGUGGUUCCUCCGAAUCGUCGCCAGUGCCAUCUUCCUGCUGAGCAUAGUCCUCUCCAUACCUGUCGCCUUUGAUGUCGGCGGUAGGGACAGUGGACUGGCCUACAGUCUUGCCCUCUCCGCCUUCUACUUUGUCUACUCGACCAUCGCCGUCGUCACCCCCGCAAAGUCGCGCGUUCGCUGGGCCAUAUCCGUCAUCCUUCGCCUCUCCCAGUGGGUUGUCAUUCCCGGACUUUUGAUCUGGGCCCUCAGCCGCUUCGCCGUCGACGCUGGAGCUACCAACUGGGUGGAGCGGACACUGCAAGGCAUCACCACUUCCAAGUCGACGUCAUGGGGCGAAUGGGUAUUUGGCGAGGGUGGUGUUAUUGAGACCAUAACCUUGGGCGGUUGGGAUAAGACGUUGAGGUACUCAAGUCCCGUUUUCCAGCUUCUCGAGGGAUUCUGCACGCUCCUUGUCAUUCAAGCUGCCGGACAGAUCACCAAAUGGCUCGUCAACAGAGGACGAAGCGACACUUGGAUUAUUAUCCUGCUCGUUAUCUCUGGCAGCGUGCUUGCGAGCGCCGUUUACUUUCUCUGGCGUGUCGCCCACUUCCCUUGGAUUGACAACUCGGAUGCUAUCUUGAUCGGUGUCACCAUGACUUCAGCCUUCUUCCUGGGCGCGUAUGGAAUUGGCAGCGGGCGCGGCAACCCUAUCGAGUCGUCCCUGCUUUUCGCAUACGUCGUCCUCUGCGUCUACCAGAUCUUCACCGAUUACCUCCCCUCGGAGUCCACCGAGGCGGAUCAACACCAGUCCUCACAGCCCGACUUCCCACCCUUGCCUCCGAUUAUCAUGGCGUCUUACUCGACUCUGCUCCACAUGCUCGGCUCCCUUCCCCAUGCCGUCCACUCGUCUCUCAGUCUUCUCUACGCGGCGUUCCAGACCAUUACGCCUUCUGUCAUCAUUUCGCUCGCCUUCCGACUUCUUGUCUUUUACUGCGCUACACGCAUUAUUCCUGCCGUCCGUGAAUCGGGAGCCAGGGCUCUCAUGGAGGAACCGACUCUGGAAGAAUCAGACGCUGCCAACUGGCUCCUUGGGAUUAUCACCUACUUCUCGCCUUCGAUUCUCAUUGCCAUGUACACAAGCUUGCUUCUGCAACACUUCUCAACAAACGAUGGGCCAGAUGGAUGGACGCUGAGAGGAGGCGACCCCGGCGGCAACGUCUGGCGCUGGACGAACGUAGCAGCAACAAUGACCCUGUACGCAAUUGAGUUGUACUUGGGUAACGAGGAUCACGAUGGUGGUCUGACAAAUCACUGGAAGAUGGAUUGA